AUGGCGAAUGACUCGGACUUACUACAGCAAAUAAUAGAGGUGACUGAAGAGUAUGAUGUUAGUGGGAAACUACUACAAAAUGCCGGAAAUAAGCAGUCUCUCCAACCUCUUAGUGAGACACGAUGGACAGCCCGAGUGGACUCAUUAUCUGCGAUUAUAUCUAAUUAUUCAAAUCUCCAUAAUGCGUUAAUAACAAUCGAGGAAAACAGUAGCGGGGAGUCAAAGGUUAAAGCUGGUGGUCAUAGACGAUUGCUAGAAGAUCCUGAAUUUAUAAUGGGGAUAACAGUUGCGCAGUACGUUUUGUCAUAUCUUAAACCUUUGACACUCUCUCUUCAGAAGACAGAUUGUGAUAUGGUCAUUGCAUUUGAUGAGGCACAGAACACCUUGACUACGAUACGAACACUUCGAACAGACGAAAAAUUUGCUCAAGUUUUUCAAAGAGCUCAAGUUCUUGCAGAUAGUAUUGAAGUGUUGUUGCAACCUAGAAGGAGGACUGGACGACAAGUACACAGAGACAACCCAAAUGUGAACACUGCAGAACAGCUUUGGAGAGCAACGAUAUAUUACGCGUUUUUGGACCAUGUCUGCACUGAACUUGAAAGGAGAUUUCCAAGAGACCAGCGGCAAAUGAUGUUGGGUCAGUAUUUAGUUCCAUGCAAGUUUAAUCAAUUGAAGGACUCCAUGAUCGAUGACCUGAAGGAAGUUUUUGGGACAGACCUACAUGUACCUGAUUCAGAUAACUUAAGCCAAGAAGUUACAAGGUGGAAAAUAAAAUUCCAAGACCAGGAAGAUGUACCAAGAACUCUUCAGGAAGCUUUAACUCAGGCUCAUUCUGACUUCUAUCCAAACAUUAGACGUAUUUUUAUCAUUCUAAUGACACUACCAGUUACCAGUGUUUGCUGCGAAAGAUCAUUUUCUUCUUUACGAAGACUGAAAACCUGGGAGAGAGCAACGAUGGGAGGGGACAGAUUGUGUGGCCUGGCGCUUUUACAUGUGCAUAGAGAUAAGUCUGUAAACAGGGAAAAUAUUCUCAAGAGGUCUGAUGAAACUGGACAUAGAAAAAUUGGUCAGCUACAGUUCGAUAACCAGUAA